AUGUCCUGCUACAUGGGCCAGGAGCCAGACCCCUUCAGCGGUAGAUACCGCUGGGUGAUCCCCGUAAAGAACCCCUGUCAGUGCAAGGAGGUACACGUGGGUUCACUCAACACCCGAGCACCCAGCAGACCCUUCAAUGUGACCUACUAUGACACCUUCUUGCGAAGCAGCGAUCCAAUGGAGAUCGGAACAUUUCUGAACUGCUCAGCUGAAUUGCCAGCGUCUUGCAAAGCCUACAUGGAGUCUGGACGAUCUCAUGGCAGCGGGCACUACAAGAUCCAACCUCGAUGCGCCGGGAACAAACAGCUGACUGUCUAUUGUGAUCAACAUUCAAAUGGCGGAGGAUGGAUGAGGGUGUAUCAGAAGACUGGACCGAGACAAUGUUCUGGCUACAACUUCGCUUGGACCGGAGAGCUGAUCACAUGUAUGGGGCUGGACACCGAGAUCACUGGGUUUGCAGUGAGUGAUAACGUCACCACCAUCAACACCGAAGACUCGUGGAUCCUGAGGGAUAGUUCUUGGCAAUUUAACUCCUUCGAGCAGUGCUUGAACUCUGCUUGUACGGAAACCGACAACCUGCCGCUCCCACACGCUGAUGUCAUCGCCAACCUGGCUAACUGCAGAACCCCAAGUGGAGUCGAAUGGUCCCAUGACUACCAAGGUAACGUUAGUUGAGGUAUUCAGCGUAAUAUGCAU